AUGGAUUGGUCUCAAGCCACAAUUCCUACUGGCAAACAGCGAGUCAUCCUGCAGCCUGAACCAAAGUCCAAAUUCACUGUUUUCCCAUCUGAUGACCCUAGAGCCCAGAUUUUGUAUCAUGAUUGUCAAUUUGGAAACUACAUGAUUUUGUCUGACAAUGAGGUAGAGGAGGAUUCAUCUCAAAUUGAGGGAAAAGAAAGCCUGUGGCUAAUGGAGUUUGAUAUUAGUUGUGCAACGUUAGGUUCUGGUGUAGGGGUAGUGUUAAUAGCACCUUCUGGCAAUCCUAUUCCUUUUUCUUUUGAGCUAGAAUUCAAAAAUACCAACAAUAUAGCUGAGUAUGAGGCUUUGUUGUUAGGUUUAACUGAAGCUAAGAGAUUGGGCGUGAAACUCUUGCGGGCUAAAGGAGAUGCUGAACUAAUUAUAAAACAGGUCAGAGGGUUAUUUAUUGUUAAAAAUGAGAGGCUGAAACACUAUCGGAAUAGAGUUUGGGACGAAAUCGAGGAUUUCAAUGCAUUUUCCAUUGAAGCAAUACCCAGAGAAUUGAACUCAAAAGUAGAUUCAUUAGCAGUCUCAGCUUCAUUGCUAGUCCCACAUCCUGAAUUUGUUGAGGAUAUUUAUAGGGUAGAGUUGAUAUAUUGA